CGAACGGUUUUAGCGCCUGGGUUUGAGUAGUUUCUUCGCAAGUGUGUGGUGAUAGAAAUUAUAAAAAAAAUCACAAAUUGACGUCUCUAAGUGUUUUGACGAAAAUUAGUUCAUUUGGAACUCAUGACAAAGCAUUCUUGUGACUAAGACAAUUGUAAUUUUGUCUUUUAAACUAAAAGAAUCUUUGGAAUUCACCACAGCUGGUAGCAUUUGACUUCAAAAAGGAAAGAAAGUGAAACACGACAAAUCUCCACUUUCUACACCGAGUUGAACUGGAAAAACUGUAACUUGCCCACAAGCGUUCAAUCUUCAAGACAAAAACUUAAAGCUUAUGGAUUAUGAUCACACAAUUUCAUGGUUUCAGACAAAAAUUGGUACAUAUGAUAAAGCAAACUGGGAAAGGAUUGUUGAGAAACAUGAAAUAUCUCUCCUUCCAGAUCUCCAGAAAAUACAACAUCUAAGGAGUGUAAGAGUUCGCACAGAUCUUAUUGAUGUUGACCUUGUAAGAGGUUCUACAUUUUCAAAGGCAAAACCUGGAUAUCAUUGGACUCAAGUCACAAGAAAAGCAAUUUUGAGAGUUUUGCUCUUCCCUAUUUAUUGGCAAUGGUGGCAACAACAGACAUCUUUCAUCCUAUGGCUAUUCUUUGUGAUGCUAUACUUCUCUCAGUUGAUAAGCUUAAGCUUCUAUCUCUCAGAUCGAACAGAUGAUAUGAAGGAUAUUCCAUUUACAGAAGCCAUCAGUCCUGUUAUUAUAAUGAUUUUAUUGGGAGAAGUAUAUAUCCAUGUAGUAUCAACAAAUUUUACAAAGCCCUCAAAUCAUCUUGUGAAGAAAAAAAGAAAAGUUAGAAAAAGGAGUAAUGGAAGGAAAAAAAGAAAGGGAAGUAAAGAAGAGAAUGCACAAAAUGUCCCUCAACAGCAGGAAAAUCAUGCCACUAAGACAGUCGAAACUGUCAGGCAAAGAAAGGUUCAAGACAGCGUUAAGGAGGAGCAGCCUGAAGAGGCCAAGUGUCAAGAGGAUGCAGAAGAGCGUCAAGAUAAGCCUUCGUCAGGGAGGGAUUCCAGCACAGGUGACACGUCAUCGGGGUCUGAUAGCAGCAGCGAUUCUUCGACUUCCUCGAUAUCAGAUUCUGAAAAUGGCAAUGAUCUGAAUGACGAAAACCCGUUUCAUACUGCGCCUAGCACGGCAGUAAAUAAAGGACAGAAUUCACAUUUUGAUUUAAGACCAUCGCCUGUCGAAGAAACAGUUAUGGUAUCAGUAUGGGAUGGAAAUUCAUUCAAAAAAGUCAAGAUGACAUUGCUAGAAAUCAGUUCUACAAUUGUACAGAAAGUUGAUUCGCAUCAAGUAACAAAUGAUUACUUUCCAGUUGGAAUCUUGUCCGCUGUUUUUCUAUCUCUUCUGCCAAUGUUCUUUAGAAUUUACAAAAAGGGACUUCCUGAUAUCCCUGAUACACUGAAUGGCGCAUCUAGUUUUUCACAUCAGUUAUUUAUCGCAAUGUGUGGAUCUCAUUCGCGGUCUCAGCUCGUCGUUCUAAUUAACAUGGUAUCGAGGUUUUCUCUAAGUUUCUCAUUCUUUUUUCUUCUUUGCGUGGCAGAGCGGGCCUAUCGAAUGAGAUAUCUAUAUGCAAAAUACUUCGGGGCAUUGACAUCUGCGAGGAAAGCGAGGCGGAAUUGUUUACCUCAUUUUAGACUGCACAAAGUAAGACACAUUAAGACAUGGCUGUCUUUGAGAUCUUUUCUAAAGAAACGUGGACCUCAGCGAUCAGUUGAUACAAUUAUGUCUUCGUCGUUCCUACUUGGUUUGGUAUUUGUCGUAAUCACGUGCAUUCAGUUCAUCAAAUACAACGGAAUUUCUGACAAAGACUCCUUUAUAUCUUAUUACUUCAAUUGGGAAGUUACAGCAUGGACGAUGAUCAUUGGAAUCUACUUAAUACGCUUCUUAACACUUGGUGCCGAAAUAAACUUGAAAUACAGAAACAAUACUGUUUUACUUACUGAACAGAUUAAUCUCUAUUUACAAAUGGAAUAUACUCCGCAAAAGAAAGAGGAACUCUCCAUUGCAAAUAAUGUACUUAAGUUAGCGUCAAAACUGUUAAAGGAACUUGAGAGUCCGUUCAAAAUUUCUGGUUUUAUUAUGAGUCCGCUUUUAUCGAACAUCAUUCGUGUGGUUGUAUUAUCCCUGUUUUCUGGUGUUAUGUCUGAUAUCCUUGGCUUCAGAUUAAAGCUAUGGAAGAUAAAAGCUGAGUAGAAAUCUGCAGUCGUUGUGUUGCUGAUUGAAGACUCGUACAAAUUAGUAACUGGCAAAUUGUAAACGUGUUUUCUCUCAUUGCACAAUGAUGAGUUUGUGCAUUGCAGUCAAAACUAGAAGACUUGUCCUUCUACAAUUUGCAUCUAGUGUAUAGAGUGAAUUAUUAUUUGGAAAUAAAAACUUAUGUUUAAAUAGAAAUUAUGGUAACUAGCUGUUCGCAGUAUAUAUUAUGUGCAUUUAAAAUUGCAUUUUUAACCAAAUUGUAGUUUAUAAAGA